AUGUCGGCUGCUCACACUGGUCCCGAGGCCAUGGUCACCGUCAAGGUGACCUAUGAUGGCACCACCCGCCGCGUCAAGAUGCCUCUACGUGAGAUGGUUCCCAGGGUUCUUGAGGAGCACAUCCGAACCUUUUUGCACAUUCCCGCCGACCGUAAGGCCAUGGUCGAGAGGUACUCCGACUCAGCCGCGUCCUUUGUCCUCCUCGAUUCCUCCAACAUGCCUGUAUACAAGCAGCUUUACCGCGCUGCCAAGGCUAAAUCCAAGCUCAAGCUUCGCGUGACAUUGGUUGAGGAACCCAAGGCCGCUCCCAAGCCGGUUUCCAUCGAGCACGUCGAGGACGUCACAGAACCCGCUCCUGCUAUCCAGCCCGAGCCCCAGCAGUCUGCCUCGCAUUCUCAAAUCAGUCUGCCUCUGCGCAGCUCCGGUUCCAGUAUGGCCAAGCAGUACGACCCGACGCUGCUUGCCAAGGCCGCCAACAUGGUUGCUGAACGUGAGGAACUCCGCAAAGACUUCGAGAGCCGUCUCAGCUGCCUCAUGAGCCGCCAGUCUCUUAACCCCAGCGCCCAGGAUGCUUCCUCUGCGCCCCAGGACCAGCCCACAACCGCUGUCUACGCCGUUUGCUGCAACAUCUGUUGCAAGAGCAUUCCCGGUGCCCACUACCACUGCUCCACAUGCGACGAUGGCGACUUCGACCUAUGCCAGUCUUGCAUUGAUCAGGGCAUUACCUGCAAAAGCGACAACCACUGGCUGAUCAAGCGUACCAUUGUUGACGGUACCAUUGUCAAGAGCAGCACUGAGAAAAUUUCUCCCAAGCCAAAGCCCAAGGCUAUCAAGGAGGAGCCCAAGAUUGCACCCGUCUCAUACCCCAACUGCAUUCUUCCUCUUCCAGCGUUCUCGCCUCCACGUCCAGUCGUUCAGGCAACUCCUGCUUGGGCGUCUUUCUCACCUGUGCGCACCUGUAAUACUUGUCUUCAUGAACUUCCCGAAGCCCAGUUUCUCCACUGCCAGAAGUGCGAUGACUUUGACCUUUGCCAGCCCUGCUUCUCGGCAAACUCCCAUGGUCACCACCCCAUGCAUAGCUUUGCUCCGGCCGUUCCAGGCACUGUGAUGCCUGACCAUAUUAGCAUCAAAAUGGCUCCCGGCCGAAACCGCAUGCACAUGGCCAUCUGCGACGGCUGCGACGAGAACAUCGCUGGUGUCCGCCACAAAUGUCUUGACUGCCCUGACUGGGACUACUGCAGCGAGUGCGUUCUGAAUGCUCACUUCAUUCACCCCAACCACCGCUUCGCUCCGCUGUACGAGCCUCUCCGCCAGACUCACUCUUGCGGGACCGUAGAGCCCAUGCAUAGCGGCAUUUGCUGCGACGGUCCCCUUUGCAACUCUUCACGAGCCUGGCCGGCCUAUAUCAAGGGUACGCGCUACAAGUGUGCCGUCUGCCCUGACCUCGACUUUUGUGCAAACUGCGAGGCCAGCCCCGCCAAUGAACACAAUAAGACGCACCCCCUCAUCAAGUUCAAGACUCCCGUCCGCCACGUCAGUGUCACGACUACUGGUGAGCACCAGGACGGCAGACAGCUGGACGUCAUGGGUGAUCGAAUUGAGCCUCCCGCCUGGGCUUCCCCUGCUCCUUCUGGCACCAACUCUGUCAAUGCCGUGCAGACCGUUGUUGACGUGAAGCCCGAGGAGCCCGAGGAGCCCUGGGAGACUCCCGCCAAGCCCGAAGUGAAGCAGGAAGAGCCUCUUGUUCAGCUCAAGGAUGUUCCCCAGGCUAAGGAGGAGAGCCACAAGGUCGUCGAGGAGGAGCAGCUCAAGGCUCGCUUCAUUCGUGAGAGCGUUUCUGAUGGCACUACCUUUGGUCUCAACCACGUCUUUGAGCAGACCUGGACGCUCCGCAACGAGGGAACCGUCCCUUGGCCUGCUGGCUGCGUCGUCAAGUUCUCCGGUGGCGACUACAUGGGUCAUGUCGACUCUACCCACCCCACUGGCAUCUCCGACCUUGUAUCGGCCACGCAGUCAACCGUCUGCUACUCUCAGCUUGCUCCUGGCCAGGAGUUCCAGUUUACCGUGCUCUUGCGCACCCCUGGCCGUUCUGGCAAGUUCAUCUCGUACUGGCGUCUCUGUACCGAGGAUGGCUACCGAUUCGGCGAGCGCUUGUGGUGUGAGGUUCAGGCUCGAUCGGUCAAGGCCGCUCCUCCCGCCCCCGUUUUUGAAGAGGAGGAGCAGGGGCAGGAGCAGGAGCCUGAGAAGGCUGAGGAGUCUCAAGCCAGCAGCAUCAUGAUCUUCCCCAAGCUGGAGACAGAGUCUCCCAACUCCAGCGUGCACCAAGAGAUCAAGCAUGCACCCGCUUCUCCAAUUGUCUCGUCGCUUCCCAGCCCCGUUGCUACCCCGAUCUCAAAGACUUACGAGGAGUGGGACGGCUCUGAUGAUGGCUUCAUGACUGACGAGGAGUACGACAUUCUCGACGCUUCGGAUGAGGAGUAUCUUGAGGAGCAGAACAGAAAGAUGACGAAGGAGUAG